ACGCAACUCUUAACCUCAUUCAUAUCUCGUUGUUAAAAGCAAUAAUGUUUACUGUGCAUAGCGAAAUAAACUUUUGUACGUUUUAAUAACGCGUAAAUUAAUGUUAUAGUAAUCAUCACUUACCUAAAACAACAGUGCUCUCUGAGGAAAUAAAUGCAUAUGUCACGUCGUGUAAAACACUAGUCCAUUUUAUAAAUUCAGCAUCCUUAACACGCUGUCAACAUGUUUCACAAAUACAAAAAAAUCUGUACUACCGGUUUGAGGUUAUCAACACAGAUCCUGCCAUCAAGAUGUGCAGGAACAUUGUCCAAAGCAGAGGCAAGGAAGCGAAGGAGCCAAAUGUUUGAUGAGCAGAAACGAAAGCAGCAAUCAGAACUAGGUAGAAUUCAGAAGGUGGAAGUGAAAUACAAGUCUGCAGAGGACGAGGUGGUGAUGCAGAUGAACCGAAACAUUUCCACACCGUACGACUGUGCGAAGCACAUUUCUGAGAAUAUCGCCAAAAUGUCUGCCAUCGCUCUAGUAGACGACCGUGUCUGGGAUAUGCACAGACCGUUCACAAACGACUGUGAGUUAGAGAUGGUGACUAUGAAUAGUCCACGAGUACAGAUGGUCAACUAUGCCUUUUGGCGAACAUGUUCGCUGAUUCUGGGUGCUGUGGCAGAUAGUGCAUUCAAAGAUAACAUAAACGUGCAUCUUCACAGCUUUCCCGUUCCCAUGAUUCAUUCUGGUAGCUUUAUCUAUGAUGUGUUUAUUGAUCUGCCAGAUUGGCAGCCAACUGUCUCAGAACUACGUGCUAUGUCUGCGCUUUUUGUCAAACUGACGAACCAAGAGUUGCCUUUGGAGAGGCUGGAAGUGCCGUGCAACAUCGCCUUGGAUAUGUUUCAGGAUAAUCCCUUCAAAUCCGAGCAGAUACCCAACAUUGCCAAAGGCAAUGACGAUAACAGAGUGACUUUGUACCGUCUGGGAGAUCAUGUGGACAUUAGCAAAGGUCCUAUGGUGGGUAACAGUGGCCUGAUGGGACGCGUUACCGUAUCAGCCGUGCAUAAACUCACGGACGCGUCUGUGGACGGUCUGUACCGCUUUCAGGGCAUUGCCUUACCCAAAGGCAUUCUGCUUAAUCAUUUCGCUUACGGUAUCCUGGAAAAUCGCGCUAAAAAACUAAACACUGCUACGUGGCAGUCUCACGUAGAAGACGAAAUGAUCAAUGUAACGGCGUCUGUGAAUUAGCAAUAUUCAUUUCACAAUUUAUAAGAGUUUUAAUGUAAAUAAAUGCAUCCUGCUUUCAGUCAUCUACAACA